AUGAUUGAACGUACAGCUCAUGGGAAAGUCCGUCUCUUUGCUCAACGAGGCGUGGACAUCCCGCAUCUUCUUGCAAUGGGGAAAGAAGCACGUUUAGAACGCAUAUCCUCCUCAUCUACUACACCAACUCAGACACGAAUCCAGCAUACUCCACCAGAAUCACCAAUUCAAACAACAUCUCCAGUCCGUUCCCAGCUACUGCCGACACCAGUAUCUGACUCACAUGUGCCGCCCCCGCCAGCCAGAGAGUAUUUACCCAGCGAGACGCCGACACCAGCACAGAGCCCUAGCCAGUCUGCCCAUUACAAUUCAACGCCACCAUCAUCACUGCCGAGUCCUCUUCAAAGUGUCCGGCCAGAUGUAACUCCCCCUCCGCUACUAUUUCGGUUUUGGGAUGAGAACAGUGGUGGCGUAAAUUCUUCCAACAAGUUUGUCGCAGGCAUGUGGGAUCAAGAUGCAACUACCCCGAUACCCGAUCAUUCUACUAUUCAUCCCCGAAUAAUAUCUACGCUAGUUCGGAUGCAUCUUACCAGGAUCAAUGUCUCGUCAGCCUUUAUCUCCUUGUCUACCAGCCCCCUUGGGGUGUUCCAUCGCGCCCUUAGAGCCGGAAGGGCAAACAUUUCCAUAUUAGACACAUCUAAGAUGAAUCAGUCCCACUUGUUCUCUGUUAUCCCCUUUCUCAGGCACGAACCCAUCAUAUAUGGCAGUGAGGGGAAGUCCCGGUACUUUGGCCAGGGCGAAUGGCUAGUUUGGGGAGUUAUACCACCUGAGGCUAUCCUUACUACCUUCUCUACGGAUACCUUGUUUUCCAUCUCCACUGAAUAUCCCAGUAUUGGGAAGUUAUUGCAGCUUCAUUUGAUCAAAAAUGCGAAAUUCAACAGAGCCCCCCUCAUUAGGAAACUUGGGUCCAAAAAUAUCAUGGCGGAUAUGCACUCUGGACGGUCUGUGGGUCAGUUUUUAAAGUUACUCAAUGUUCCACAGCCGCAUAUAUCUACUUUAGCGAUGUUAUUUGCUACAAAGUGGUCAUGGAGAUCUCCGGGAGACAAACGUGCGGCGUUUUUGCAAGGUGUUCAACGAGGUUUCAUAAGCGCUUACAGCCUCAAACUCCCACCUCCUGAUGCAGAGAGUACUGAAAGUGAGCAAGAGGAGGAUGCAACAGGUCAAUACUACGAAGAACUUGAAUCUGAUCGUGAAGAUGAAAGCGCCGAAUUUGAUUGUCAAGACGAAGUACAAAAGGAUGCGGGGGAUGAUAUUGAUUUGGCCAGUGGAGUAGCUGAUCCAUUCGCCACGAAACGUGCAAGCAUUGCAGCAAUGUUGAAAUGGUAG